AUGUCCUCAACCAUCGACUACGAAAAAGUAGUCCCAGCAAUGCUCGAACUCACAGACUCAAUCAUCAGACUCUUGAACGCUACUUCUCACCGCGAAGGCUGCAGCAAACACACAAUCUCCGCUCUACGCACUUUGAUUGUGCGCGAACGCAAGACGAUACAAAGACAAAACACAACCAUUGUCGAUUUACGAAAGCGGCUGUUUGAUGUGGAAGAGCAGCUUAUGACGAUGCAACAAGGGCUGAAGAGCACAGCCAGUGUGACACAAGACAGCUCUGAAGAUGGGGAUGAAAAGGUUGAUUUGUCGUCUUUGACGGAGUUGCAGAAACUUGAUGAGACUCCGAGACAGGAGGUAACUAGNGUAUUAUCUGCUCAAGCGGCGGCGUCGACAUUAUAUGAUUUGCAAAACAUCUACUCACGGAUGGCAGAGCGUUAUGCGGCUGACCUCGAGAUGAAGGCGGAGGAGGAGGAUGGAGAUUCUGAAUGGGCAGAAGAUGCUUAG